UCAGCCCGGCCGGCGGCGCGCCGGGCCCCUCCCUGCAGCCGCGGAGCUGGACCGCAGCUGCCCCGCCGACCAUGCGCCGCCUCGCGUGGGUCCCGCUGCUGCCGCUGCAGCUUGCCCUGCUCCUGGCCGCAGGGGCCCCCGAGGCCCCGAUCAGCGCGCCGCGGAGCCUGGCGUGGGGGCCCGGGCUGCAGGCGGCCGUCGUUCUGCCCGUCCGCUAUUUCUACCUGCAGGCGGUCAACUCCGAGGGCCAGAACCUCACGUGCUCGCCCCCAGGUGAAACAUUAUUCAAAGUAGUAGUCAAAUCUCUUUCACCUAAAGAGUUAGUUCGAAUCCAUGUCCCUAAACCUUUGGACAGGAAUGAUGGAACAUUUUUGGUGAGAUAUAGGAUGUAUGAAACGGUCAAUGAAGGGUUGAAGAUAGAGAUCCUUUAUGGUAAUGAACAUGUGGCUCAGUCUCCCUAUAUUUUAAAAGGACCAGUGUACCAUGAAUACUGUGAGUGUCCAGAACAGGAUCCUCAGGCCUGGCAGAGAACUCUUUCUUGUCCAACCAAGGAACCACAGAUUGAAGAGGAUUUUGCUUCCUUCCCCAACAUCAAUCUCCUGCAGAUGCUAAAUGAAGUUCCCAAAAGAUUUGGAGAUGAGAGGGGUGCUGUGGUACAUUACACGAUUCUCAAUAACCACAUUUACCGGAGAUCUUUAGGAAAAUACACAGACUUCAAAAUGUUCUCGGAUGAAAUUUUACUGUCACUGGCAAGAAAGGUCCUUCUCCCAGAUUUAGAAUUUUAUGUUAAUCUUGGAGAUUGGCCCCUGGAGCAUCGAAAAGCCAGCGACAUCCCUGGCCCUAUACCUAUCAUUUCCUGGUGUGGCUCUCUGGAUUCAAGAGAUGUUAUCCUUCCAACCUAUGACAUCACCCACUCCACGCUUGAAGCAAUGAGGGGUGUCACCAAUGAUCUCCUCUCUAUUCAGGGAAAUACAGGACCUUCCUGGAUCAAUAAAACAGAGAAAGCUUUCUUCAGAGGUAGAGAUAGCCGUGAGGAGAGGCUGCAGUUGGUUCAGCUAUCCAAAGAAAACCCACAACUGCUAGAUGCAGGAAUUACAGGAUAUUUCUUUUUCCAGGAGAAGGAAAAGGAGCUUGGAAAAGCCAAGUUGAUGGGUUUCUUUGAUUUCUUUAAGUACAAGUAUCAGGUGAACGUCGAUGGGACUGUGGCUGCGUAUAGGUAUCCAUAUCUAAUGUUGGGAGACAGCCUGGUUCUGAAGCAGGACUCACCCUAUUAUGAACAUUUCUAUGUGGCACUUAGGCCAUGGAAACAUUAUGUUCCAAUCAAAAGAAAUCUUAGUGAUUUACUAGAGAAAAUUAAAUGGGCCAAGGAAAAUGAUGAAGAAGCCAAGAAGAUUGCAAAAGAAGGGCAGUUGACUGCUAGGGACCUGCUACAGCCACACAGGCUUUACUGCUACUAUUACAGAGUUUUACAGAAAUAUGCAGAGCGCCAGUCCAGCAAGCCUGAGAUCCGUGAUGGAAUGGAACAUGUUCCUCAGCCAGAUGAUAACACAUCCCUCUGCCGGUGCCACAGGAAAAGGUCUUCAAGGGAAGAGCUUUAAGGUGGCCCAGAUUCACACUCCUGUGUCUGCCAGCUACAUCUUUAAGGGAAGACUUAAGAUAGAUGCUAAACUGUGAAGAAAAGUACAGAAGACAUUUUUCUUGAUGACUUUAUAUAAUGUGGAUGGAUAUAGCAAUAUUUGAGCAAGUAAUACCAAAUAUCUUUUUUUUUUUUUUUUUUUUUUUGCGGUGCUGGGGAUUUGAACCCGGGCCUUGUGCUUGCGAGGCAAGCACUCCACCAAUUGAGCUAUAUCCCCAGCCCCCCAAAUAUCUUUGAAUGCUAAUUUCUUUUAGGCUAAAACUGCUAUUAUCAGCAUCAUAGUUUUCUCAAAAAAGAACAUUUGCAGAUCAUAGAUUGAGAGGCUUGCCAAAAUACAAAUCACCCUCUGUGAAUCUGUUGACACCAUGCCCAUUGGCUUAUUUCUAUCCCUUGUUCACUUUCUGUCUUCUGCCUGUUUGUGAAGAGAAAAUAUUUGUACAGAGUUUUUUUUUGUUUUUUGUUUCCUCCUUACUGCAUAUUUUCUCCUUUUGCUAGCUGCUUUUGGCAUUCAGCAGUUUCUGUUUCCUACCUUGAAAGGUCUGGUGAGAAUGAUUAAAAAACAGGAAGAUAACUCUGAUAUUCAAGGUAGCAUGCAGAGAGUAAAGGGAAUUUUUUUUAAUGCACUGCUCAUAUCUUUUUAGUUAAAUUUCAGGCCUGAGUCAAAACUAAGGAAAAGGGGCUGGGGAGAUAGCUCAGUCGGUAGAGUGCUUGCCUUGUAAGCACAAGGCCCUGGGUUCGAACCCCAGCACCCAAAAAAAAAACUAAGGAAAAAUUGUAGCAGGGUGUGGUGG